UCGGACCAUUUGUCGUUGUGUGUAUUGUUUGUUUGCGUGUGUAUGCAUAUAGGAACGGUGCACAACAAACAAUUUCUCUAUAUAAUUUUUCUGUGAAAAGAAAACGAAAAAUAGAAUUAAACGAGAGUAACAAAAAAAAAUACGCGAUACGCUGCCACCUUUCGGAUUUAAAUUGUUUAGAUAACAUAACCCGUAUAUCAUUUGCAUGUUCGGCCAUUCCCAAUGGAUGGACAAAUAAGUGGAUAAGAACAAUAAGAAUCUGAACAGUAACUUUUGUUGUCUACAAAAAUUGUACGUGGUGUUUGUGUGUGUGUAUCAAGCGAGAACGUGAAAAAAUAAGAACGGUCACUGGAGAGGGAGCAAAGAGUUAGUGCAUUUUAUUCCUCUCAUCGGCUGGCUGUUGUGGGAAUAAAAUCAAUUGGCAAAACAUGAUUGGCGGUCUAUUUGUGUAUAAUCACAAAGGUGAAGUGUUGAUUUCACGAGUUUAUCGAGAUGACAUUGGCCGUAAUGCAGUUGAUGCGUUCCGUGUUAAUGUCAUUCAUGCUCGGCAACAAGUGAGAUCACCCGUUACCAACAUUGCACGCACAAGUUUCUUUCAUAUCAAACGAGCUAAUAUUUGGUUAGCAGCCGUCACCAAGCAAAAUGUCAAUGCAGCUAUGGUAUUUGAGUUUCUGCUCAAGAUUAUCGAUGUGAUGCAUUCAUAUUUUGGUAAAAUAUCCGAGGAGAAUAUCAAAAAUAAUUUUGUGCUUAUCUAUGAAUUGUUGGAUGAAAUUUUGGACUUUGGCUACCCACAAAAUACGGAUACAGGCGUACUGAAAACAUUCAUCACUCAGCAAGGCAUUAAAUCGGCAACGAAGGAAGAACAAGCCCAAAUCACAUCUCAAGUAACAGGGCAAAUUGGUUGGCGUCGCGAAGGUAUCAAAUACCGUCGAAAUGAAUUAUUUUUGGACGUACUCGAAUACGUCAAUCUUUUGAUGAGCCCACAAGGUCAAGUAUUGUCGGCUCACGUUGCUGGAAAAGUUGUUAUGAAGUCUUAUUUAUCAGGUAUGCCUGAGUGUAAGUUUGGCAUCAACGAUAAACUUGUGAUGGAAGCUAAAGGCCGUGGUGUUAUAUCGGGCAAUGCAGAAGCAGAAACAUCACGUUCGGGCAAACCAGUUGUUGUGAUUGAUGAUUGUCAAUUUCAUCAAUGUGUGAAAUUGAGCAAAUUUGAAACGGAACAUUCCAUCAGCUUCAUACCACCAGAUGGUGAAUUUGAAUUGAUGCGAUAUCGCACCACAAAAGAUAUAUCGUUGCCAUUCCGUGUAAUACCAUUGGUGCGAGAGGUUGGACGAACAAAAAUGGAAGUCAAGGUGGUGCUCAAAUCGAAUUUCAAGCCAUCCUUGUUGGGCCAAAAAAUUGAGGUAAAAAUUCCAACGCCUCUAAAUACAUCUGGUGUGCAAUUGAUUUGUCUGAAAGGCAAAGCAAAAUACAAGGCGUCUGAUAAUGCCAUCGUGUGGAAAAUCAGGCGUUUGGCUGGUAUGAAAGAUACGCAAUUAUCGGCCGAAAUUGAAUUGUUGGAAACGGAUACGAAAAAGAAAUGGACACGACCUCCAAUUUCCAUGAACUUCGAAGUACCGUUUGCUCCAUCCGGUUUCAAGGUUCGUUAUUUGAAAGUGUUCGAGCCAAAAAUCAACUAUUCGGAUCAUGAUGUUAUCAAGUGGGUGCGUUAUAUUGGUCGCAGCGGUUUGUACGAGACAAGAUGUUAGAGUGCCGUUUCAACGAAACGCAGAACAGAAGAAAAAAUAUAGUGAAAACGAUGAUAAUUCGAUUAAGGAGCACAACAUGAUCUACCGUCAUCUCUGCAAAUAUAUUACACACCAUUAGAAACAAAAACAUACCAAUUGUUUCAGCUCCUGAAACAAAUAAUCGAUAAAAAAAAAAAAACAAACAGUUUUUU